AUGCAGCUGAACAAGCUCAUUGCGAUGCGCGACGGUCAUCGUCGCCUUAUAUCCAGAGAAUUAGAGAGAUUCGACUCAACCGAGUUAACGACAUCAGAGUACGAGAGAUUACUUCACAUGAUUGUGGAAGAAGCAGGAAAAGUGAGAACGCUGAACGAUAAGAUCGUCAACCAUAACGAUAUCGAAGAUUUAUCAUCGGAACUGGUCGAGGGAAAAUCAUAUUCAUUCGAUCUAGAGUUAAAGAUACAAAGACUUAAAGAUAAUCUGAAUAAACGUAUCGGAAACAAAAAAGAAAUUACAUCGAACGUUUCGCAAGACGAAAACAACAGUGGGCAACCGGAACCCGAUAAAGAAAUUGUUUGCGCAUUAGACGAAAUACAGCCGGGUCUUCCGGAAUUGAAUCGGCACACACUUGAGGUAUCUACCACGAAGAAGAUGACCAACCAGAGUGUUUCAUUUCAAAAGCUGCCAAAACUAUCUCUGCCGUCGUUCCACGGGGAUAUUGUAGAGUGGCAGACGUUCUGGGACAGUUUCGAAUGUUCUGUACACCAAAACCAGGCACUAUCAGACGUGCAGAAUUUUGCAUAUCUUCGUGCAUUAGUUCAUGGCGCAGCGAGUUCGUGCAUAGCGGGAUUCCAGUUAACAAACGUGAACUAUAUGAAAGCUAUCGAGCUACUAAAACAACGAUUCGGACAGCCAGAAAAGAUAGUAGAGGCGCUGAUGCAAUCGCUGAUCCAAUUAGAUCCACCAAAGAACACUCCUGAUAGUCUUCAAGCAUUUUAUGAUAGACUAGAGACCAGCAUAAGAGGAUUAGAAUCACUAGAAGAGUGUCAAGAGACGUAUGGGAAUCUGUUGGUGCCUAUCAUAAGAGACAAGUUACCGACCGCAGUACGUCAAAGUAUGGCACGUGAUCAUGGGACCAAUCGCUGGAUGCUCCCCGAUCUAAGAUGUGCCAUCGAGAAAGAGAUUGCCAUCAUGCGAGAAGGCGACACACGGGAACUUCUGGUUUACGUCGCACAUAUGCCGACUGCGUCAUUCCAUACCGGAAGUAGAUGUCUGAGGAAAAAACUCAUGCCGUCAAGAUCAAACGAAGACAUUAAACAUCUGAAGGUGACCUGUCAUUUCUGCGAUGGAGAACAUUUUGCAACAAAUUGUAACAAGAGAACCAACGACAGGGUUCAAAUUGUUAAACAGAAGAAAAUGUGUUUCAACUGUCUGUCAAACUCACACCAAGUAGCAUUGUGUAAAUCCCACAACAGAUGUCGCAACUGUCAGCGAAAACAUCAUACCGCCAUCUGUGAGCAGAGGAAUACGAGAUCUUCCCUGAAUCCUGAUGCCUCUCCAUUCCAAGGCAGCGCUACGGCACAUACAAUUCUUCAUUCUUCCACACAGGCAAGAUCUAAUGUUCUCCUGAAGACCGCCGUUGGCAAAGUAAGUUCCGACAACUGUAUGAUUGAAGCAAAUAUCUUGUUCGAUAAAGGUGCUCAGAGAUCUUUUAUCACAGAGAAACUUGCGAAUGAAUUGAAUGUUAAAGAGACUGGUACAGAGACAAUCUACUUAGCAGCAUUUGGUCAUUCAUCUCAAAAUGUGCAGAUAAUGAAAACCGCCACAGUGCACGUUAUCACUGACUGGAAGGAACGGAUUCCGAUUGACGUCCUAAUUACGUCCACCAUAGCCGCCCCGCUUCAGAACCUGCAGAAAAACAUCACGUCCCUAUCAUACCUACGAGUACGAGGUUUAAAAUUAGCACACCCAGUUACUGGCCAUGAGACGUUUGAUAUUGCAAUGCUGAUUGGUGCAGAUGCUUACUGGAAGAUAGUUCAGAAUCACGUUGUUAGAGGCAACGGACCUACGGCAGUACAGUCGAAACUUGGGUAUCUUCUUUCUGGCCCACUGCCAAAUACAAGCGAGGGGACAAUGCAUCAUAUGCUGAACAUUAUGACGUCACUUUUGAACACCGAUGACAUCGAGCGAUUUUGGAAAUUAGAGUCCAUAGGCAUAACGCCGGAAGCGGAGGUGACUUGCGGUCCGAAAGAACUUUAA